AUGUCUCCAGAACAGAAUGUGCGGAUCUCACCCUUCCCCACUCUAUCCAAAACUGAGAGAACAGCCCUGGAACUCAGACAUGUUGACACAGUAGUGACAGAGCCUCGAUACUGGGAUACAUUGUGGAACACAGACACGGCGGGAUACCCGUCUGAAAUUCGGGACUGUCCUAGCAGCCCACCUCCUGAUGAAGCCACACUGUCUCAUCCAGGUCCUAGCAGCCCACCUCCUGAUGAAGCCACACUGUCUCAUCCAGGUCCUAGCAGCCCACCCCCUGAUGAAGCCACACUGUCUCAUCCAGGUCCUAGCAGCCCACCUCCUGAUGAAGCCACACUGUCUCAUCCAGGUCCUAGCAGCCCACCUCCUGAUGAAGCCACACUGUCUCAUCCAGGUCCUAGCAGCCCACCCCCUGAUGAAGCCACACUGUCUCAUCCAGGUCCUAGCAGCCCACCCCCUGAUGAAGCCACACUGUCUCAUCCAGGUCCUAGCAGCCCACCCCCUGAUGAAGCCACACUGUCUCACCCAGGCCCUAGCAGCCCACCCCCUGAUGAAGCCACACUGUCUCAUCCAGGUCCUAGCAGCCCACCUCCUGAUGAAGCCACACUGUCUCAUCCAGGUCCUAGCAGCCCACCCCCUGAUGAAGCCACACUGUCUCAUCCAGGUCCUAGCAGCCCACCUCCUGAUGAAGCCACACUGUCUCAUCCAGGUCCUAGCAGCCCACCUCCUGAUGAAGCCACACUGUCUCAUCCAGGUCCUAGCAGCCCACCCCCUGAUGAAGCCACACUGUCUCAUCCAGGUCCUAGCAGCCCACCCCCUGAUGAAGCCACACUGUCUCAUCCAGGUCCUAGCAGCCCACCCCCUGAUGAAGCCACACUGUCUCAUCCAGGUCCUAGCAGCCCACCUCCUGAUGAAGCCACACUGUCUCAUCCAGGUCCUAGCAGCCCACCUCCUGAUGAAGCCACACUGUCUCAUCCAGGUCCUAGCAGCCCACCCCCUGAUGAAGCCACACUGUCUCAUCCAGGUCCUAGCAGCCCACCUCCUGAUGAAGCCACACUGUCUCAUCCAGGUCCUAGCAGCCCACCUCCUGAUGAAGCCACACUGUCUCAUCCAGGUCCUAGCAGCCCACCCCCUGAUGAAGCCACACUGUCUCAUCCAGGUCCUAGCAGCCCACCCCCUGAUGAAGCCACACUGUCUCAUCCAGGUCCUAGCAGCCCACCCCCUGAUGAAGCCACACUGUCUCAUCCAGGUCCUAGCAGCCCACCUCCUGAUGAAGCCACACUGUCUCAUCCAGGUCCUAGCAGCCCACCUCCUGAUGAAGCCACACUGUCUCAUCCAGGUCCUAGCAGCCCACCUCCUGAUGAAGCCACACUGUCUCAUCCAGGUCCUAGCAGCCCACCUCCUGAUGAAGCCACACUGUCUCAUCCAGGUCCUAGCAGCCCACCUCCUGAUGAAGCCACACUGUCUCAUCCAGGUCCUAGCAGCCCACCUCCUGAUGAAGCCACACUGUCUCAUCCAGGUCCUAGCAGCCCACCCCCUGAUGAAGCCACACUGUCUCAUCCAGGUCCUAGCAGCCCACCUCCUGAUGAAGCCACACUGUCUCAUCCAGGUCCUAGCAGCCCACCUCCUGAUGAAGCCACACUGUCUCAUCCAGGUCCUAGCAGCCCACCUCCUGAUGAAGCCACGCUGUCUCAUCCAGGUCCUAGCAGCCCACCCCCUGAUGAAGCCACACUGUCUCAUCCAGGUCCUAGCAGCCCACCUCCUGAUGAAGCCACACUGUCUCAUCCAGGUCCUAGCAGCCCACCCCCUGAUGAAGCCACACUGUCUCAUCCAGGUCCUAGCAGCCCUCUCCUGAUGAAGCCACACUGUCUCAUCCAGGUCCUAGCAGCCCACCCCCUGAUGAAGCCACACUGUCUCAUCCAGGUCCUAGCAGCCCUCUCCUGA